AUGGCGCCCGGCCUCGCCGCCGCCGCGCCGGCGCUCCAGCACCCGCCGGCGCGCCACGGCCUGCUGCUGAGGCUGCCGUCGCAGCCCAACCUGCAGGCCCCGUUCAGCCCCGCCGGCGGCGUCUUCGAGCUUGAGCUCGACAGCCGGCACAGUAAAGCCCUGGGCGGCGGCGGCCCCUCCGACGCCGCCGCGCCCUGGCCGCCCGGCGGCCCCGGGCUCGCGCGGCGCCUCGGCCAGGCGGCCGCCGGCGCCGCGGAGGGCAGCGCGCUGCAGCGGCUGCUGCUCCUGACGCGGGGCGGCUCCCCCUUUGCGUGCGAG